UGCAAGAAGUGAGCCAGUUUCGAGAAAGAGAAGAAUGCCGCUCUACUACUGCCGUGCUGUCCUGGGGAUAUUCCUACUGUACUACUGCGUACAGGGUGACCCAAUGUGUGAUCAUAGUGAGAGCUGCAAUAUCAACAAGAGCAAGCAUGUCCUCAAUGAUUCCAAUGAGGCGACGGCUCAGUACCAGCAGCCCGAAGUGGCCACAGUCGAGAGUGGGUCCCCUCACUGGAAGACAGUCUACAUCAUCUCCAUCAGUACCGUGGUGUCAUUCAUACUCCUACUGAUUGCUGUGGUGGCUCUGGUGGCUGUUUGUGUGUACAGGGCAGCGAAGUCCAGAGCACGCCACGGAAGACCAGAGGACUAUGCACCAGUGGAUAACCUGGAGAUUGAGAGUUUCCACUCCAUUCCCUACAGACGAGACGGUCUACCAGAGUGCCCCAUCAGCCUGUACACUGAUGGUGGCCAGGGACCAAGAAGGAAGAGCAGACUGGCCAUCACGUGGCCUCCCUUCCGCCUGAGAACUCGCCCCGCCUCAUCUCUCACCUCCUCCCUCUCCUCCUCCGCCUCCUCCCCCUCCCCCAACAUGACCUGGUACUACAGCAGGGGUGAACCGCUCCCCGUCCUCCCCUCCUCCUCCACAUCCAUUGAUGGUGGACGUGACGAGACCUGUGGACUGUCUCACUCUCAGGAACACCUCCAGGCAAGGAAGAGAUGGGGGAUGAUGGUGACUGAAGAUGGCUGGAUGAGAGGGAAGGAGGGAGAGGUAGAGGGAGGGAAGGAGGUGGUGGUGAGCGACGCUGUGUCUGUGGACCAGUUCAAGGAGACAGUGGCCAGCAAAUACCAGGAUUCCAUGCUUGGGUUUCACACAGAGUUCAUGUACAGGCCCAGUAGUACGUGUGUUGAUGUGUCUAUAUAUUAUAUCCAGAGUCUGUACAGUGGGACAGACAAGAGUGUGACUGUGGCACGGACACGAGAGAACCGGUCCAAGAAUUGCUUCUCCAACUUCUACCCUUAUGAUGAUUAUCGUGUGGUACUCCAGCCAGUCCCAGUCUACGGCCACAAGACCAUCAACAGCGAGCACAGCGACUACAUCAACGCCAGCUACAUUGACGGGUUUUCAAGACCAAGAAAGUUUAUCACCACACAAGUGCCCCUGCCCCACACGGUGGUAGACUUCUGGCAGAUGGUGUGGCAGGAGAAGGCGGCCUGCCUCGUCCUCCUAUCUCUGGGCAAGGAAGAGGGGCGUGGCAGUCCGGGGGAACGCUACUGUUCAGAUGACGUGGGUACCUGGUGCAUCGGACCAUUCCUGGUCUCCACUACUGCCAAGACACAGUGUGCCCACCACACUAUACGACACAUAUCAGUACAGGUGCCGGGCAGUGCUCCAGUGGAGGUGUGUCAGCUGCAGCUCACCAACCUCUCUCGACAGAGUGUGCACUACGUGGCCUCCACUCUCCUGGCCUUCCACCGCAGGUUCUCCGAGUCCUGUCCCACGCUCUCCACCAAACCCACCGUCGUCCACUGCAGUACUGGUACAGGUCUGAGUGGAGUGUUUGUGGCAGUGGACCGACUCAUAGAGGAGAUGUGGGCGGGGCAAGGGGGUGGAGUCAAUGUGUGGGGUGUGGUCAACUCACUACGUCGGCAGAGACCCAGGAUGGUGGCUACCUUGGAGCAGUAUGUCCUUGUCCAUGAGGUGAUACUGGAGAUGGUUAAAUGGGGCUGCACUGAGAUACCAGCCUGUGAACUGACCAAUGCCAACACUGACUUUGGUCUGGAGGGAGAGGGGGAGGGAGAAAGUGUUCUGGAGAAACUCUACAAGGCUGCAGGUCCAGUCAAACCUGACCCAGGCAGAGAGGAAGAACAGGGUGCAGGUAGAGGAGGCUGCUUGCCUUGUGCCCACCCUCUGUGGAUCUCACACUCUGCCAGAGGGAUCCUGGCACAGAGCAGGACCGUCCCCUACCAUCGUCCCAUCAGCAUCUCGAGCUACUGGCCAGGCAGUGGUUGGCUGGUGACCCGCAGUCCCUCUCGUUCCUCUGUGAGUCAGUUCUGGAGAGCUGUCGUGAACAAGAAAUGCAGCAUCGUCAUCGACUUCUCUUCCAAAAACAAGGAUCGAUACCAGUACUGGCCUGACGGUGUGUCGUCUGCCACGCUGAUAGCUGGACAGUACGCAAUCCACAGAGGGAGGGAGGAAGGAGGAGAGGGGAGGGCCACUGGAGACCUCAAGACCACAUCUCUCACUAUUGAGAACCUCCUGUCUGGGCAGACUCACAUCGUGACACAGUUGGUGGUGGUGGAGUGGACUGGAGAGGUGACAGUCCAGAUGUGUGGAGCUGUGGACACCAUUCUGAGAGCCCAGAACUCCACCACACACACCCCUGUCCUCCUCCACUGCAAUGAUGGAGUGAGUGAGGUGGGAGUGGUGAGUGUGGUGAGUGUGGCAGUGGAGCAGGGAGUGGCAGAGGGUCUGGUGGACAUCCCCUGUGCCAUCAGGAAGAUCAGGACACUGCUACCAACUGCCAUCGCCUCCCUCGUGAGUACACUGAGCCCUGUCACGUACAUACAGAAA